GAAAGAACCCUUGCACUAUGGGAGACUGGGAGUUUUUAGAGAAGUUGUUGGAUCAGGUGCAGGAGCACUCCACAAGUAUUGGAAAAGUCUGGCUAAUGGUGCUUUUUGUGUUUCGCAUCCUAAUUCUUGGUCUGGCGGGAGAAUCCGUUUGGGGCGAUGAACAAUCAGAUUUUGUCUGCAAUACGGAUCAGCCUGGAUGUCCAAAUGUCUGUUAUGACAAAGCCUUCCCCAUCUCUCAUGUGCGCUUCUGGGUGCUUCAGUUUCUCUUUGUUAGCACCCCCACGUUAUUUUACUUGGCACACGUUAUUUAUCUGUCCAGAAAAGAAGAAAAGCUGAAGCAAAAAGAGGAAGAGCUAAGGGCUAUGAGUGACAAGGACCAGCAAGUGGACCGUGCAAUAGCUGUCAUUGAGAAGAAACGUCUAAAAAUCUGUAUUCAAGAGGAUGGUAGGAUCAAAAUCCGAGGAGCGCUAAUGUUGACAUACACAAUCAGUGUUAUUUUCAAGAGUAUUUUUGAAGCUGGUUUCCUGCUUGGCCAGUGGUACUUGUAUGGCUUUGUGAUGCCCGCAUUAUAUGUGUGUGAGAGAACCCCAUGUCCUCAUAAAGUAGACUGUUUUGUAUCUAGACCCAUGGAGAAAACUAUCUUCAUCCUUUUCAUGCUAGUAGUGUCACUGAUCUCUCUAGUACUAAACCUCCUAGAACUGAUUCAUCUAAUGUGUAAGAGUAUGGUUCAUGCCUUAAAAAAAUAUUCCCCCUAUGUGCCUAAUACAAAAUACACAAAGGAAGAGGAUAUUUACCCAGGGAAAUGCUCUGAGGCAGCCAGUGCACCUUUUCAGGACAAGUCUUACCUGUACCUCCCCAUGACUGAGAACAUUUCCUACCCAGCAUACAAAGUACAGAAUGAGGACAACUGGGCAAACUUCAAUGCUGAGAAACAUUUAUGCCUCAGUGCAGACAAACAGGCACUAGAUCAUUACAGCAACAGUCCCUUUAAACCUGUUUCUCCCAACUCCCAUGCUGUUGUCGAGAAGCAGCCAAGCAGAGCCAGCAGUUCGGCCUCUAAAACACAGUAUGUCUGAGAGAACUGCCUGUGUUAUUCUUUCACUGUUC